AUGUCUUCUACAUCAUCUAGGACAUCACCGAUAGAACUGUCCUUCGCACACGUAUUCACACUCUCUCGCAAUCCCAAUAAAUCCCCUCCCGUCCGAUCAUCUCAUUUACCUCUGUCAUCCCAAACUUCCCCCGGAGAACCUUCCUCACCCAUCAAGAAACCGACAAGCUCUAACGAAGUCGAGAUGCACAUCGAAAGCAUCCAAGAGGACGAUGAAGUGGACGAGUUUGCAGGAUUGGAGACUAUAGGAUUCAGUCAGUGGGAAAGGGAAGUACCUAAUUUCAAGUCUAAAUUCGACCACAAGCAGGAAAAGGAAGGAGAAACGUCGUCCUCAUGUCAGAAUCAGCCUCGGAUAGAAGAAGAGAUCGAUGAACUUGAUGAGAGUGAAUAUGGAUUGGAGAUGCCGUUAGAUCUGGUACAGGAUGAAGAAGUAAGAGAGCAAGUGGCGAUACACUCACCUAUAGCCAAUCCGUCAUCCCCGCCUUUACGCACACCAGCAUUCUCCCUCCCAUCACUUAACUCCGACAUUCCCUCUGGACCUUACCCCCAAACUCCACAUUCUCCCUCUCACUCGAAUCGCCAUCAACAGGCGAACCCGGAAUUCAGAUCUUCCUCUCCCGUUAAUUGGACACCUUCACCACUUUCAUCGAGAGGUAAGAAGAGAUCUCUGGUGAUCCUUUCGGACGAUUCAGAUCAGGACGAAGAGAAUGAUCAAACGAUAGUUAUCCCUCAUAAAGGUUAUUCUAGCUCACCUAAUAAGAAAGGGAAAAGUAGUAAAGUCAUUCAAUCUGGUGACGAUGACGAUGACGAUGAGGAUGAGGAUGAGGAAGAAGAAGAAGAAGAACCUUUGGCGGUACAGAAGAGAAGGAGGGAGAAAGGAAAGGGUAAAGAGAUAUUGCCUUCUCAUGCGGAAAAACCCAUCAAUAUUAUACUGGAGCUGGAAGCUCAAGUUCCGGAUGGACCGACUCUGGAUGAUUUGUUCAAGGAUGAUGAUGAACAGGCGAUUUACGAAUCCAAUGAAUUCAAUUACAAUGAAGGAGGUUAUGAAGAGGAGGAAGAUGAUGAUUAUGGUGAUUUCCCAUUCGAUGAAGUCGAUCUGGAUUUCCCAGAUACCAACAAAAGGAAAACCAAAUCGAAAUCUAGAUCACCUGAAAAGCAAAAGAGCAAAACACUUGGGAAUGACUUAUUCCCACCUGAUGAACAAGAAGGAGACCUAGAAGAUAAAGAGAAUUACGAUCGAUCGUUCAGUGGUGGGCAUGGAUCAUCGAUAUCAAUUCUGGAUAAAUUCGAAUUGAUUAAAAAGAAUGAAUGGGAUAUACCUCUUAUAAGCGAUUUAGAGAUUAAAUGGCAAGAUUUCUAUAAGAAUCAUUGGAGGAGAGGUGUAGACAAACUAAAUGCGAAAUCCACCACCACGGCUAAGAUUACGACUAGAAGAGAUGAAGUUGGGACGAUAAGGAGUGAUGAUGAGAGUGAGGAAGAGGAUGUCAGACCUAAAAAGACGACGGCGGCCAAAAGAGGUGGUCCGUGGGGAUGGAGAGGGAGAGGAAGAGGGAGAGCGGCUUGGAGAGGAAGAGUAGCGAGAGGUAAAGCUAGGAAGAAGUAA